UGCAUUCUGGGAAGAGCUAGUAUAUCCAAGAUGGCGGCGAGCAGGAGACUGUGUAAGGAACUUGAAGAAAUCCGCAAGUCUGGAAUGAAAAAUUUUUGUAACAUCCAGGUUGAUGAGUCAAACAUUUUAACUUGGCAAGGUCUUAUUGUUCCUGACAAUCCCCCAUACGACAAAGGAGCAUUCAGAAUUGAAAUCAUCUUCCCAGCUGAAUAUCCUUUUAAGCCCCCCAAAAUCACAUUCAAAACAAAGAUUUACCACCCCAAUAUUGAUGAGAAAGGCCAAGUGUGUCUGCCAGUGAUCAGUGCUGAGAACUGGAAGCCAGCUACCAAAACUGACCAAGUGAUCCAGUCCCUCAUCGCCCUGGUCAAUGAUCCUCAGCCUGAACACCCCCUGAGGGCUGACCUAGCAGAAGAAUACUCAAAGGACCGUAAAAAAUUCUUUAAGAAUGCAGAAGAAUUUACAAAGAAACAUGGUGAAAAGCGGCCAGUGGACUAAUACUUGACCAGUGUGUACCCUGAUGCUUCUUCCCAUCCUAUCCUAGCCCCUCCCCCCCUCCACCCUCACCCUGUCUCUACCUCCUCCUCUGUUGCUCACAGACACACACUUAGAGACACACACUUGUCAUUCUCACAGACUCGGAGCAGCGCAGUUCUGUUGUACAUCGAACUUGAAGCAGGACUCUUUGUGGAUCAGACAAGUCUCACAUCUCAGUGAUAGCUUGAGGCCGUUUCUAACUUUCUACUGUUUUCUUAAAUUAAAAAAGGCAGAUUUGUUAGCGCAUCCUGUUAAUAUGGGGAAUGAAAAGUAGUCGGAAAUGUUUUUAGUUCCGCUUUCCUUGUUUCAGAAUCACUGCUUCAUUCUAAUUGACCUUCGUUAUAAACAUUUUCUUGGUUGUCAAAGCAAGGUCCUCAGUCCUUCAGUAAGAAGCAUUGCUGACCUUUUCUAACUUCACUUCCAUCACUGGUUCUCCAUUUCUGAGAAGGGUGUCUUAGGAAAAAAGCAAUGUAACAGAUAAUAAAUGCAAGCAAGGACAGGGAAUUCAAGGCAGUAUUUUUUAUGGCUUUUCUCAGUAUGCUGUGUUCAGUGGAAUACAUCUUUUCCUUACCAAUCUGUGAAACCGAUUUUUAAAAAUGCAGCCAAGUAAACAUUGCUACCAAACUUUCAGAAAAAGAAAUAGGUUUGAGUGUGACUGAAUAUAACUUUAUAUAUAAACCUUUCAGCAUAUUUCCUUUUUUUGCUUUGUUCUUUGCCUUUAAUUGGCCCACCAUAGUUCAUAAUGGUCUUUGGAGAUCAUGGGCAACCUUACCAAAUUACGUUCUUCACACGUCAUCACUUACGUUCUUUAAUUUUUUUUUAACAUGUUAGUAGAUGAAUGGGAAAAACUUUAAUAUCUCAAAAAUAAUCUAGGAGAAACUCAUGACACUAGUCAAACUGCCAGUAUAUUUCUUUUUAACUAUACAUAAAGCAAGUCUGAUAACUGCUCUUAGCAAUAGAGAUGCAUGCUUGACCAGUAACCCUCAGCAUUACUUACAUUCAAGAUUCUGCAUCCUAAGUAGUGAAGUGUAAUGCACUGUCAAUUACUGCUUAACAGGGUAACAAGACAGCUGACAGUACAUUAAUGGUUUAGCAGUUUUAUUUAUUUUCUUCCUAAGUGCAUACCUUAAUGUAAAAUAUUUAUUGAAUUUGAAUGCAUGUAUUGGUAAAAUCAUUUUAAAAGUGCUUAUGUACAAGGAACCCCAUAAGGUUUUUUAACCAUCUAAAUCUAUUUACUAUACAAACAUCUACGUACAGCUACGUACACAGAUAUUCAGCCAAUUACACUGAGCCAUGUGCAGCACUUUGGUCUAGUGUCAAUCAGUAUGGGUAGGAAAGAAUCCUCCGAAUACAUAAACAAUCUGGUACCCUACAAAGAAUGUACAAGAACCACAUGGCAAUUCUCUGAGAAAUUCUAGUAGAAUAUAAAUUUUGUCAUGAUUUUGUAAUUUGACCCGAUAUAAGAUAAUAAAGUAGGUUAACCAUUUUCCAGGUGUCAUGGUUUCGCUCCCUAUGAUUAGCUUUGUAGUGCUAAUAUAAUAUUGUUUGGUGGCCUGUCAUUGGGAUGUGUUCACUCCCAAUAAUUAGCAUCUUCGAUAUUUGGUUUGCAGAUGCAUUUAAUGUCAACUUGCAAGUAGGGAAAACUGAUUCUUGAAAGUUUUAAAGGUGGCAUGAAAUAAUGAAGUUUUUUUCCACAGUGAUCCUGUUUUGUCCGCUGUAGUAUAGCUCUCAUUAAAAUGAGGAAUUUAUUUUUGCAUUGUGACCAAAAUGAGUGGAGUUAUAAUUUUUAUUUUGAAUCCAGGCUGUUCUCAUUUCAGGGCAGUCACUAAACAGUAUGAUAGUAUACCAACAUGCACAGUCAAAAGCAGUUUUCCUCAUGUUUGCUCAUGUUAUAUGGUUUUGUCUUAGUUAAAAGCCACUUCUCUUGCCAUUACUCAUGUACUUGUCUUGCUUUGGUUUUUAAAAUGUUUUGAAUCUGGAAAAGUUGUCGGGACUUUUCGUAGCACUUACUGGAGACUGGGGGAGGUAUGAAGGAAUACAUGCAGUGAACUUAAACAUGCUCUUAGAUUGUGAUGCUGUCAGCAGCAUGCAUUUUGCUCCAAAAAUGUUAGCCUUUCCCAGUCAUGGAGGGACAGAGUUGAAAGGACACACAAACCUUUUUUUCAUGAUAAUGUUGUGUGCAUUCUGAUCUGAAAGCGAACAUGUUCAGAACAAAGGUCAAGGAUUGUUUCGGGGCUGCUUUGUCAAUGACUUUCCUGUGGACGGUGCGUCCGAGUGACUUGGGUUUGGGGAAAUGUACAUUUUACUGACCUACCACUAGGGGCAGCGUACUCAGUGGCAGCUCCCCAGUGAUCAGACCAAACCUAAACAGCUGAGUCUUCAACAUUUGAAACCUAUUAAAGUCUGAGUUAUACUUAA